AUGGCAACAACUAUGGAUCUUCUGAGGUUGUUUGCAGCCAAAUGCAGUGGCUGUCUGGAGAAGAUCGCUCCCACUGAGUUUGUGAUGCGCGCACUAGAAAGUGUGUAUCAUCUAGGCUGCUUCUGCUGCUGUGUGUGCGAGCGACAGCUGUGUAAAGGAGACGAGUUCGUCCUGAAGGAAGGACAACUGCUGUGCAAGAACGACUACGAGAAGGAGAAGGACUUACUGCACGCGGUCAGCCCGGACAUGUCUGACUCCGACAAAAGUGAGGAUGAAGAUCUGGACUUGAAGCCGGAGAAAGGAGCAGGAGGUCAGAGCAAAGGAGCCGAUGACGGCAAAGACCCACGCAGACCCAAGAGACCUCGCACCAUCCUCACCACCCUGCAGCGGCGCGCGUUCAAGGCCUCCUUUGAGGUGUCAUCCAAACCAUGCCGAAAGGUCAGAGAGACGUUGGCAGCUGAAACCGGUCUAAGUGUUAGAGUCGUUCAGGUGUGGUUUCAGAACCAAAGAGCAAAGGUCAGAGAGACGUUGGCAGCUGAAACCGGUCUAAGUGUUAGAGUCGUUCAGGUGUGGUUUCAGAACCAAAGAGCAAAGGUGAGCAUGUUCAGCGAUCUUAACUGA